CCUGCCCGGCCGGGCGGGGGGGGGCGCGGCGGGAAGCUGGCACCUGCCCGGGGGGGCAACAUCUGGGGGGAAGACUGUUUCUUCUGAUACAGCUCGUGCAGCGACGAAGUGCUCCUUAAGGACAGCCAGUGGAGCCGCACGGAGGGACUGGGGGGGGUAGGCGCGCCCACCCCGGGGCUAGGGGCACCGGCACCGGGAAUAGGAAGCGACAUCCAUACGUGGCAUACCGGCUUUCCGGACAAGGCGCGUUUAUUGCGCGACCUGACCAGCUUACCCUGGGAUGGGCUAUCCCAGUCCCCCGCCGGGGCCGCUUGUCCGGCACUUUGUGCGCGCAGGCGCACUGGCGGCCGCUCCUCAUCGCGCGGCUGGAGCUGAGUACUGUGCUGUGUCCAGUUCUGGGCUCCUCGGCACAAGGAACAGAAGGGGCUACUGGCAAGGAUCCAGCAGAGGGCUACAAAGAUGAUCAGGGGUCUGGAGCAUCUCUCUUAUGAGGAGAGACUACAGAAGCUGAGCCUGUUUAGUUAGACUAGAGAAGACUGAGAGGGAAUUUCAUCAAUACAUAUAAAUAUCUCAAAGAUAAGCAACGUCUUGUUUUUCAUUUUACCACCCAUAUGUAUGUGCUUGUUCCGUCAAUAUGCAGUCUGCUUCAACAGUGGAAUGUAUUUAAUAUGGACUCUGCUAGUCGUGGUUGGAAUUGGAUCUGUUUAUUUUCAUGCCACACUCAGCUUCCUGGGCCAGAUGCUGGAUGAGCUGGCUAUUCUCUGGGUCCUGAUGUGUGCUUUUGCCAUGUGGUUCCCCAGGAGAUACCUGCCCAGGGUUUUUCGAAAUGACAGGAGCCGUUUUAAAGCUGCUGUGGGUGUCCUGUCUGGAGUUACCACCUGCCUUGCCUUCAUUAAACCUGCCAUCAACAACAUCUUGCUGAUGACUCUGGGUGUUCCCUGCACAGCUUUGCUUAUUGCUGAGUUGAAGAGGUGUGAAAACCUCCGUGUAUACAAACUGGGUCUCUUUUCAGGUCUUUGGUGGAUGCUAGCACUUUUCUGCUGGAUCAGUGACAAAGCAUUUUGUGAGAUCUGGUCCUCGUUUAAUUUCCCCUAUUUGCAUUGCGUAUGGCACAUUUUGAUCUGCCUUGCGGCAUACCUGGGCUGUGUCUGCUUUGCUUACUUUGAUGCUGCCUCUGAGAUACCUGAACAGGGCCCUAUCAUAAAGUUCUGGCCCAGUGAAAGAUGGGCAUUCAUUGGAGUUCCCUAUGUCACCCUCCUCUGUGCACACAAGAAGUCACCUGUGAAGAUUACAUGAAGCUGACAAUGGAAUUGACAAUUGGGGACGGAUUUUCAAUUUACAUUCAAGCAUAGACAAUAUUUAAAUAAUGAUAAAUGGCCAGUGUUGUGUUUUCUCUUCUUGCUAAGAUAGGGAGCACUUCAGAUGUCAUAGGAAGAGGAGGGAAGUGUGUUCUUUCAUCUCUUAAGAGGAGAGAGGAAGCAGGAACAUGGAGGCACUUGAACACUAAAUGUUCACAAAUGGCUUCUCUAGUUGGCUCUGUUUUGGACUGAAUGUUUUUGAUGUAGCAUUUCUCUUGAUAAAAGCUCUUUCCAAAUACUAGCGUCAAGGAAUGAUGUUUCUGUGGUAAGUCACCUGUGGUGCUUGAGUCACUUCUUUUGUAACUGCUGGAUUAAGGCCUUCUUUGUGAAAGAAGCCAGUCCAAGAAGCUUACGUGUCAUCCUGUGUCCUUCAUAGGCUCUGAUUUUGCUGAUAGCCACAAGAGUGUGCUUGAAGCCCUUGCUACUCCCAGCCUGGUGUGGCACACAGGAAGUCUGGCUGAGCAUCACAGUGGAUCACAGGGUACAUGAUUGCUUCCCCAAGUACAACAGGAAACUAGUAUUUGCAGCUAGGUAACUGUGUAAGUGCAGUUAGGCAGUGUAGAUGCAGAAGUAGCUGACACAAGUCCCUAAAACUAAAUAGGAGUUCAAGGCUCUACUGUAUUUCCACUGACCUGUGAACAUUUAGAUGCUGCAUAUUUCCCUUUUACAGAAAUGCCACAGAAAUCCCUCUACCUCUGCAGACACCUUUGGUCUUGAAUUUGGCAUUGAAGCACACACAGAAGUGUAGAUACUAACUUCAGUAAGAUCUUAGGUCAGCAUGGAUUGACAGUGUGAUUAAACUGCAAAAACUUGUAGUUUUGUGCCUGGCUGCACAUGUCAUUUGAGAGGUUGCUUCUCACCAAUGUAUUGCAAAGUGAUGUAAAAAAUAGUCCAGUGCUCCACUGAUUAUACUUAGGAAGAAAGUGAGUAACUGCUUAAAAACCAAGCUGAAGACCUAGAUUUCAGUGAGCAGUGAAAUGGGAUAUUGCAUCUCGCAUUCUUAGGAAACGACAGAUUUUCUGUUUCUUUUCAGCCUGUUUUGUAAAGAUAAGGGAUGUCUAGGUUGAUUUAGUUCUAAGAUUAGUGGGGUUGAAGUUUAGGAAUGACUAUGGUUCUUGUAAGCAAUUUGUGCUAGGCCUGUUUAGAAAACAAUGCGAAGUGCAGGCAUGUUUUUCAAAUAUUAGCCAUUGUAGCUGCUAAUAGCUGCAGUUUUGGAGAAAAAAGGGUCUACUCACAUUCCAUCAAACUGUAAUAUCAGAACUGUAAGUGGGUUAAGGCUUUAAAUGUACAGUGUUAUUAAUAAGUGUUAUUUUCUUUUUUGUAUUAGACCAGGAAAUAUGAUUUCUUCU